AUGCCCCCCAAGAAGGCUGUCGUGCAAGAGAAGGUCCUUCUGGGCCGCCCAGGAAAUAACCUGAAGAGUGGUAUCGUUGGUCUCGCCAACGUCGGCAAGUCCACUCUCUUCCAGGCUAUCACGAAGUCUACGCUGGGUAACCCCGCCAACUUCCCCUAUGCCACCAUCGACCCCGAGGAAGCUCGUGUCAUCGUCCCCGAUGACCGCUUCGACUGGCUGUGCGAGCACUACAAGCCCAAGUCCGUGGUGCCUGCCAACUUGACCGUGUAUGAUAUCGCCGGUCUGACCCGCGGUGCCUCCACUGGUGCUGGUCUCGGUAACUCGUUCUUGUCUCACAUCCGUGCCGUCGAUGCCAUCUUCCAGGUCGUUCGUUGCUUCGACGAUGCUGAGAUCAUCCACGUCGAGGGUGACGUCGACCCCGUUCGUGACUUGAACAUCAUCAGCGAGGAGCUGCGCGUCAAGGAUAUCGAGUUCGUCGAGAAGGCGCUCGAGGCCCUCCAGAAGCAGACCAAGCGUGGUGGUCAGACUCUGGAGAUGAAGAAGCUGCGCGAGGAGGAGGGCACUGUUGCCAAGGUCCUCGAGUGGCUGCGCGAGGGCAAGGAUGUCCGCAAGGGUGAAUGGGGCCCUAAGGAGGUCGAGACUAUCAACCCUCUCAUGUUGUUGACGGCUAAGCCCGUUGUCUACCUGGUCAACCUGAGCGAGAAGGACUACAUCCGCCAGAAGAACAAGUACCUGCCCAAGGUGUUCGAGUGGAUCAAGACCAACUCCCCCGGUGAUCCCCUGAUCCCCAUUUCCGUCUCCUUCGAGGAGCGCCUGACCCGGUUCGAGGACGAUGCCGCCGCCCUCGAGGAGUGCAAGAGCCUGAACACCAAGUCCGCCCUGCCCAAGGUGAUCACCACCAUGCGUCAGUCGUUGAACUUGGCCAGUUUCUUCACCACUGGUACCGACGAAGUCCGUCAAUGGACCAUCCGCAAGGGUAUUAAGGCCCCUGCCGCGGCCGGUGUCAUCCACACCGACUUCGAGAAGACCUUUAUCCAGGCCAUCGUGUACAACUACGCUACCCUGCGUGAGUACGGCGACGAAGGCGCCGUCAAGGCCGCCGGUAAGAUCAUGACCAAGGGCAAGGAUUACGUCGUCGAGGACGGCGACAUCCUGCUGAUCAAGGCCGAAUCCACAGCAUCAGACACCAUGUUCAAGAAAGACAACCGCUCGAAAGUCAAAUCCAGCGUGCAGCGCGCCCUGCGCCAACGCUUCCUGGAGACCUACCCGGGCUUCGAGCCGUACAUCGAGGAGGUCCUGCCCAAGAAAGCCCAGCUGGAUGCCGUGAAGCUGUACGCGACCCCCCCCUUCUUCUUCUCCCAGCCUAGCUACCCCCCCCCGCAAAUCAGCUAA